ACAACAAAUCACGCGCUCACAAUCUUUUACCAAGAACUCGCGCGGAGUUUAGAUAUUGUACACAGACCUGUGGCGGGAGACGUUGAACAGAUCAGGAUAGAAACGAUUUCGUUGUUUUGAUAUUUAAAAUAGGAUCACAAUAAAGUAGGAUAGCAGAAAGAGUUGUGACAAUAAACGCCUUUACUGGAGGACAACGCAAAGAUGGAUAAUUUCGGAAUAUAUGCGGUUUUCGGAGUAAACGGUCCGCCUCAAAGGCUGUUAAGUGUUGAAGGUUCGUGCAGGGUGUCGGUUGCUGUUCCCCCAAGUGUCCGCCAGGUGGUGCUGUUCAGCAGCGGGCCGUGGGGGGACAUUAUCUGCGUCGACGCGGAGCUCAACGAUGCUGAUCGGAUACCCAUCACCAUCGGAAAACUGACUCCAUAUAACAAGUGCCUGUCAUGGGAGCAGUGGGAAGAGGAGACAUGGACAGACAGCGUCACACUGAAUGUCACUCUGGAAGGAGGAAACCUGGUAAAAGCAGAUUGGUCAGAGCCAGAGCUCAUCCUGGCUGUGAAGGAAUACACACCAAAGGACACUGUGGCUCCCCUCAGGGCCCGGGAGCUCAACGGCAAGAGGAAGAGAGGGCGAACGUCAGAGGAAGACGGUGACGAGAAUAAUGUGACGAAGAGAGGGGAAGAAGAGAACGUGUGUCCAAAUGUUACCGUGGAGAAGACCACGCCUGUGCGAAAGGCCAGAGGUCAAACCAAAGGGGGCCAGAAGCUGUUCAGCAGUGGAGGAGAUGCAACAAAGAUGAAGGGAACAGCUAAUGAAGCGCAGGGGAUUGUGGGAAGAACGCCUCCUCAGAGCGCAGCCAGGACGAAGAGUAGGCAGGCCAAGACUCCCACACACAGCCCAUUGGUCAGCCCGUCAGGCCGCUGGGGUCAGACUCUAUGUCCCAUCGAUUCUCAGACAGCUAUUCUGAUUGGAGGGCAGGGAGCCAGGAUGCAGUUCUGUAAAGAUCCCAUGUGGAAGCUCUGCACAGAGGACAUGUCCUGGGUUGCAGCAGAGACUCUGGCAGAGGGUCCAACACCAGAGGCCAGGAUCGGCCACACAGCCAUCUACGACCCGGACUCAAGACGGAUCUUUGUGUUUGGAGGCUCUAAGAACAAGAAGUGGUUCAACGACGUUCACAUCCUCGACACACAAAGCUGGAAGUGGACCAUGGUGGAGGCUCAGGGUAAGGUUCCUCCUCUGGCCUACCACAGCUGCAGCAUGUUUCGGGGUGAACUGUUUGUGCUGGGAGGGGUGUUUCCUCGUCCAAACCCGGAGCCCGACGGCUGCAGUGACUCACUGUAUAUCUUCGAUCCAAACCUCUCCAUCUGGUACCAGCCUAUUGUAACUGGCGACACACCCUCCCCCCGCUCAGGUCACUCUGCAUGUGUGAUGCAGCAGAGGAAGAUCUAUGUAUUUGGUGGAUGGGACACUCCUGUCUGCUACAAUGACAUGUACAUGUUAGACCUAGGUCUGAUGGAUUUUUCCGCUGUAAAAACAACUGGGAAAGCCCCCUCUCCUCGAAGCUGGCAUGGCAGUGCUGUGCUCUCAGACACUAAGUUCCUGAUCCACGGGGGUUACAACGGAAACAACGCUCUCAGUGACACCUUCAUCUUUGAUAUAGACACCAACAGCUGGACGGAGGUGACACUCCCGCAGCUGUCUGUCCCCAGGGCGGGGCACUCCCUCAUCACCAUGGAGACAGCCGGUCACCACCGUUUCUCAGAGGAGGAUGAAGAUGUGGACAUGGGCUCCGUCAGCAGAACUCUGCUGGUGUUCGGAGGCGGAGACAACGAGGGCAACUUCUACUCCGACCUGACGACUGUCGCUGCGGAGGAGCUGCUCGGUGCAAUUUAAAGAGCGAGUCAGCUGAAUCCUCACUCCCUGACUGGAUGGGAAGCUAUUUUAACACCUACAGACUCUUUAUUAUUUAUAUUCCUAUAGUUUGUCUUUGUUUCCUGUUGUUGUUGUUGUUAUUGUUUCAGCCCUCUCUUCUUUCAGUUAGGUUUGUGCUUUGAAAGGUUUUUUUAUUAUAGUAUGGGAAAAUGUGCAUGUACGAUGUACAAUUUGGGCAUUUCAUGAAUACAGAUCUCAAAAGCUAAACUGCCAUUUUUCCUUCAAACAUUUCAGAUUAUUUUAGUCAUUAAGCACAUUCAAAUUUUUAUGUGCGAAGUUUAAAGCUUUUCGAGUUCUUCCUCAGGUAAAAUGUAUUUUUAUUUUUGAUUAAUUUAGCUGUGCCUUUUUUCUUUUAUUUCAGUAGCCCUGAUAUUUGGAACAUGUUGCCUCUGGAAAGCUGCACGUGGGUUAAAUGUCUUUCGUUAUCUUCAAAAUCAUGGUACUUUGUAAUCAUCACCAAACUUCUGUGCGUGCUUUAGUGAGGGAAAAAAAUCUCAAUUCAUGUUCCUGUGCUGUUCCAUUUUGCACUUGGCUUCUGUCUUUACUUAAUAAACAUUUGAUUUUCUA